AUGGCCGAUAGGAUCAGCGCUUUACCCGACGCACUCAUCUCUCACAUUCUGUCUUUCCUCCCAACCUCCGUCGCCAUCACCACCACCGUCCUCUCCAAGCGGUGGAACAGUCUGUGGUGCUUAUGCCCCACUCUCAGCUUCGACGAUUCCCACUACCUCCCAGACGCACACGACCGCAACUAUUCCCGCUUCGUCCAGUCCGUGCACAUCGCCAUCCUCUCGCGCCAUUGCCAUCAGACCAUCCAAUCGUUCAGACUCAAGUGUCGCUCUUUGCUCUGCGACUCCACCAAUGUCAGCGUCUGGAUCAACGUCGUGGUGCAACGCGGGGUUCAACACCUUGACCUAAGCUUCGUUAAGAUGUUCACCUUGCCUUCUUCCGUGCUAACCUGCAAAACCCUCGUCGUUCUCAAGCUCAAUCGCUUCAUCAUUAAGAAUUUCUCCUCCGUUGACUUUCCUAUGCUCAAAAUCAUGCAUCUCAGAGACCUUACUUUCUUAGAACAUCGACAUUUCGUGGAACUUCUUUCUGCGGCCCCCAACCUCGAGGAUUUGGAAGCCGUCGAUUUGAUCUUUUUUUGCCGUGCGGUUCAGCCGCGCUUUAAGACUUUGCCCAAGUUGGAUAGGGCAAUGAUCGCCAAAAUCGAUGUUUCGCUCGUAGUCCUUAGUAAUGCUAAGUUUCUGCGCGUAGAUUGGGUAAUGAACAAGUGA